GCUCUUUACAAGGGAAAUUUGAAAUAUCAACAGUGCAGUAUGGGAAUGGGACAUAAUGUUUUAUAUCUAUCCGGGAUUUUCAUCACUUUGGUAGUUUUCAGCUCAGGAUCAGAUAUCGAUAAUGCAGAGAACAAGAUCGUUGUUGAAAAUAAUGCAAAGGACGUAGGGAUACAUUGCGUGAUAAACAGAGAUGAUCUUCCCCAGUCGGACAGCGAGUCAAAGGGUUUAUAUAUGUGUCCCACAAUGAGGCAAUGCAGAAAUGAAAGCCGGGACAGAUUCAUAAUUGCACGGAUCGAAAACAACACGAUAUUCAAUUACUACCCGAAGGAAUAUAAAGUUAGCAUGAAUGGAACAUUGACUGUACGAAAGAUGUCAUCAAAGUAUGACGGAAUGGUGGUCUGGUGCAUAUUAAUGGUUCCGUUAAUUGGAGCGGGAGAAAACACAACUGUCAUUCAAAUAGCUAAAGAGAGGCCCAAAUUGAAUAUAAAUAGCCCACAACUGUUCGCGGUGGUCCAAGGAAUGACUCUACAUUUAGACUUCGAUGCAACUGGUUAUCCUUCUCCCCGGGUAAUCUGGUUUCGUGACGAGCAAGUUCUUCAAAACAGAUCAAUUGAAGAAAGCACAAGUUUGGUGCUAAGAAACGUCACUAAAAACGACGAAGGAAAAUACAAUUGCACGGCUACAAAUCUUCUAGGAAGUGAUAGUUAUGAGGUGCAAGUAAAUGUCAUCGAAUUUCAAAAUUCAACGUUGCCGACACCAAUAGAUAAACAGGGAGGUCGAGGAAGUGAUCCCUACGAAGUGAUAACUUACGUGUUUUUAUCACUCCUGAUCCUUGCAGGGGGGUAUAUAUUUCAUUUAAGGAGGCGUGACAGACGCCGGAACCACGGAAGUGCUACGCUUGAAGUAUAAAUUUCACGAGCCAAGCGAUAAUGUAAUUUUUGUAAAAAAAAAAGUUUAAAGAACCACAACAAAACCAGAGGUGUCAAAAAAAAAAUGAAAAGUUAAA